GCUGGCCAAUUUUUUGUGUGACACGGUGACAGGAAAAUACAGCGUGUUUUAUAUGUUCGUUCAUGGGUAUUCUUUCAUUUUUCCUACUGUAUAUAUCUUGAUUGACGUCCAGGCACCUUUGUAUAAGUAUGUUAAGUGAAAAAAGAACUUCACGAGUUCCCAGGCCUUUGUGAAACCCAAAUUGCGUAUCAUUUUACCAGUACCAGUUUAUGAUAUAGGUACAAGUACAUAUUCUAACAGAACAUAUUCAUAUAGGUACAAGUGUACAUGUACAACUAUACGCUUUCAGUCGAAGGUACUAGGGACCAUAACAAAUGCACCUUCUUGGUUUAUACCAAACAGGGAAAUCCGAGACGAUCCCAAGUAGGCACAGUUAAGGAAAUAGUAAGUGAAUACAGCAGCCGCUAUUUGGUGGAAUUGAAAAACCACCCAAACAAUCUUGCACUAAUCCUGAUAGAUAAUAGUGAGCACUGAGCAGACUCGGAGACUGAAGAGCCACAAACCACUGGAGCUACCGUAUAGGUUCUUAGGUUCUAAGCAGCAGUGAAGUGCAGUGAAGUACUUAGCGUUAAAGGCACAUUUCAAUAAUCUAAGAGACUAUUGGAGUUUUUGUUAUCACUGGAUAACAGAUCUAAAUUUAUACAUAGGUACACCCUUUUGUACAAACAAAAAAACAUGUUUGUAAUUUUUAUGUAUGGAUUCACUCACCAUAGAUAAAACCCUUAUUCACCACCAACCCUUCUUCUAUACCUCUAUGUACGUUUAGUUUAAAAAUAUUUACCUUAUUUUAACUUCGCCAAAAAUUAAUAAGUAAACGUCUAUGAGGCAGUUAACGUGUUAAAAUAGUUUAGUACCGCGAAAUUGCGAGUAAUUAAGUUCCAGGAACUUCCUUGACACGUUCUUGUGUUGAGUUAAAUAUCUACUUUUAAUGGUUACGCAUUUAACAAAAGGCAUGGUUUUUGAAAAUUCAAAAGCCCCUCAUAAAUUUCUCUUACAACAUAAUGGACUUACAACUGAGCGACAAGUCUAAUUGUGGAAAUGAAGUACUUUUUUGAAAUGUGUGUGAUAAAGUAAUUUGUCUUGUCUUGUCAAUUGUGUAUUAUUCCGAAUUUCGAGAUAAGUUGUAACGAACGAGGUUUCCGUAAUAUGGAACCAUAUGUGUGCUUUUUGACCAUCGAGAUUCAAUGGACAAAAGGAUAAAGGAUUUAACUUUCUACUUCUGGAUAGAAGGAAGGGGUAGAAGGAAACUACGAUGCUCCGAAGAUUUCAAUUUCAUUUCAGUGUUUCAGAUUCUAAUUAACGCUCAAACAAGCAAUACGUUACGUACCCUUGUGCUAAGUGCUAAGAAGAAGAAGCCGUUUCAGUUUCAACUCUUCACUCUUCAAAAGACGUAUCUUUGCUAUUGCUACUUGCUACGAAAGUAGCUAUCGGUUAAUAUGGAAGAAACAUAUAAAAGAAGUGAAAUUUGGUUACAUUUCUCACCUUCAUCUGAUGGGAAGGCCAAGUGUAAUAUAUGUGGAAUAAUAUAUUCCUAUAAAGGCGGUUCAACGUCAAAUUUGAAGAAACACAUAUCAAUCAAACAUCACACCUUUUUAAAUAAACAUGCUAGUUCCAAUACAGGUGCAUCAUCAUUGAAACGAUUAAAGCCAAAUGAUGAUGAAGAUGCUCAAUCCAUUGCUUCAACUUCAAGUCAGAUUACGACGCUAACAAGUGUAUCUGAAUCUGCAUUGCCUUUGUCGUCUAAAAAAUUAAAACAACCCUCUCAAACAUCAAUAUUAAGUCACCUAAAUAGACCUUGUUCACUACGACGACAGCAAGAACUCAAUGACUUAAUUUUACAUAUGAUUGUACAUGAUUUGCAACCAAUUUCAUUUGUUGAAAAUGGCGGAUUCAGGGACCUAAUGGCGGGCGUUGAACCAUCUUAUGUCAUUCCCAGUCGUUUUACAUUUACCUAUUCAUUUUUGCCCCAAAAAUUCAGCCAAAAAACUGAAAAGUUGAAAGGUUUGUUGUCCACCGCUAGUUCAGUUUCCAUUACCACCGAUGGUUGGACUGCUCAACACAGUCAAACGAGUUAUUUAGCUUAUACAGUCCAUUUCAUUACAAAAGAUUGGACGCUUUAUUCCACUCUAUUAAAAUGUCAUCAGUUUGAUGAUAGUAAAACCGCGCAACAUUUAAAAGAUGACUUAUACAGUGUUGUGAAUGAAUGGGAUAUCUUAGAAAAAGUCUUCUCGGUAACUUCAGAUAAUGCUUCAAAUAUCAAGGCAGCAAUAAAGUUGACUGAGUGGGGUCACAUUGGAUGUUUUGCUCACACGAUUAAUUUAAUUGUUCAAAGUGGGUUAGAAAUUUCUGAUGUGUCCCCAUUACGAAAAAAAGUUAAGGCGAUAGUAGAGUACUUUCAUAGAAGUACAAAAGCUAACACUAAAUUUAAGGCUAUGCAAGGUCAGAUGAAUGAGGGUCAAAGAUCAUUAAAAUUAAAAAACGAUGUAGCGACCAGAUGGAACUCUACAUAUUUUAUGAUUGAGCGUUUUCUAAAAGUUCGCGAGCCUCUAACUGCAACUAUAGGAAUUCUGCAGAUUCCUGUAGAACUGUUGACGGAAUCCGAAUGGGUUGCUUUAAAAGAAAUGUGUUGCGUUUUAAAGCCGUUUGAACAGCUCACUACAGAGAUGAGUGCAGAACAAAAUGUAACCUUAUCGAAGGUAAUUGUCAUUGUAAAGGGCCUGCUUUCAGCUGUCCAUAAAAUUGAACAGAGUACAACAAGUGACAAAAUUAAGAAUCUUAUCUAUCAUUACGAAAAAGAGAUAGGGACAAGAUUCGGUUCUGCUGAAUCAAACACUUUAAUGGCAAGAUGUGCUUUUUUUGGAUCCAAGGUUCAAAACCAAAGUGUUUGAUUCAGACUAUAACUCCAAUAGUACCAAAGAGCAUAUUCAACAUGAGGUAGCUAAACUAAUCAUUUCGGAACGACGGUCGGAAGAUAUUAUUCAUGACCAUGACAAUGACGAAGUGAAUACCGGAGAAGAAACGGCCGCAUAUGACGAUCAAAAUUUAGUUUGGGAAGACUUUGAUAAGGCCGUAGAGACACCAAAAGACAUCGACUCAAAAGCAGCAGCAAUCAUCGAAGUAAGGGCAUAUUUAGCCGAAAGUCUAAUUCCUAGAAAAGAAAACCCUCUGGAAUGGUGGAAAACCAGAGCUUUCUUAUAUCCGCAUUUAGCGCAAUUGGCCAAAAAAUAUUUAUGCAUAAUGUCAACAUCAGUACCAUCAGAGAGGGUAUUUUCAACGGCUGGUCAAUUAAUUUCUGACAGAAGAAAUCGAUUGACCGGAGAAAAUGUGGAAAUGAUAAUGUUUCUACAUGAAAAUGAAAAUCUUUGAUUUUACAUGUACGACAUUGUUUUUAUAUAUUUUAUUGUUUCAUUAUAUCAUAUUCUUUUUCUUCUUAAAGUGCCCUCUCCUUUGAAGGUAAAGGUUGGCUACUACAAUUUUAUUGCAAACUCUUGUCUGUCUCGUAUCAGUUCUUAUUAGCUAUUCAAAAUUUAGCCCUGUCCAUUGUCGGAUGUUUCUUAGCCACGAUAGUCUUUUCCUUCCUAGGCCUCUCUUUCCCUCGAUCUUUCCUUUCACUGUCAGUUGAGCAUAUAUAUUAGUGCUUAUUCUUUCUCAGUACAUAUGUAGCUUAGGUAUGAUGUUUUUCUAACUUUCACUGUGUUGUUGAAAAGUUAUCGUGCUUUGCAUAUUCCGUGCAGCACUUCUUCGUUUGAGGUAUGCGAUGUCUAACAAAUUUUGAGAAUUCUCCGGUCGAUCCACAUGUCAAAGGUCUCCAAUUUAUUAAUGGUUGCAGUUUUAAGGAUCCACAUUUCAACUGCAUAGAAUAGAGAAGAGUCAACCAAACGUAGGUUUUUGAUAAACGUAGUAGAAUUUCGAAUUUAUUUCGAGAAUCAUAUAGCAGUCUUUUAACUUUUUCGAAAGAUUUUCUGGCCUGUUCUAUUCUAGAUCUUAUUUCUAGAUUAGGAUUUAGACUGCUAUCGAUCCAAUAACCCGAGGUACUUAAAUUAAAUGACCUCUUCUGUCCGUUUAUUGUACAAGGUUGAGGUAAAAUCGCCUCCAUAUUUCUAUCGCAUAUUACAUUAGUACAGUUAAAAUAAUUAGACGAUAAAUAUGAAUCAAGAGAAAUUAAACUUUUUCAACUUUUAAGUUAAGGACAAAAAGAAAGGUCAUUAGCGGAACCGAAUUCAAAAUUAUUCUGUACAUCGUAUUUGAAGCAUUAUUUGGUGAGAACACCUCAUUUUUUGUUGUACUAAACCUCUACCUCUGUUGUUGUACUAAACAUUGAUAUAAUUUUAAUACAUCGAACUGCUCUGCGUACAGACAAAUUAAAAUUUUCAAAUUUUUAAAAUUGUUUUGGUCAAAUUGCGUUAAGGGAACGGGUACGAACUUUCGGUUUCAAUGCUAUUUAAAUGGGAUUCAUUUUUUUCGAAUCCUGAGAAAACUAAGUAAUAAUUAUUUUUGAAAAAUUGAAACGCAGAAUGAAAGAUUACGUUAUUACCGAAGGCGAAGUCCCUGAAAACUUCUAUAAUGUUUAUUUUAAUAAGUUACAAGGGUGAAAAAAAAAGAGAAAAUUUGGUGUGAUUUUUAAUUUCAAAUAUCUCAUCCAAAAGAAACUAUAUUCAUUCUAAGGGACUUUCGGCUCUCGGUAAUAAAGUAAUCUUUUAUACGAGUACUGCGUUUAAAUUUUUCAAAAAUACUUAUUAGUUUUCUCAAGAUUCGAAAAAAAUGAUUACAUUUAAAAUGCAUUGAACAUUUUGACAGGCGUCAAAAUUUUGCAUUUUCUUUCUUUCCCCUUAAUAAAUUUUUUAAUGAACUAUCCAUCCGUAAAUGGUUUGUUAUGUUAAGCAAUCUAUUUUGAAAUAUUUGAUUACUUAAUGCUGAAUUGCGUUCUUUACAUUUUUUAAAAGCGCUUUGUUGUCCGUCUAAUGAUUUUUGUAAAGAGCCAAUUUUAUUUUGUCUGAACUGAGAUUCAAAUUUAUCACAUUCACUUUUGUGUUUCAUGUAGGUGUGAGACAAGCUAAUUUCUUUGAAUAGGUACUCUUAUAGAUUCUUUGCAAAUUAAGCAUAGUGCUUUAAUAAAAUUAUUAAUAAAGAAAUUAACUUUUCAUUAAAUUCACACUUUUUCUCAUUAAUUUUUUUUUCUGUUGCAUUUUAUUUAUUUUUUCUAUGAUAAGACCUGAAUUAUUUUACCAAAUUAAAAAUAACUUGUAUUUCUCAUUAAGUAUCUACUGUUGUUGUAGUGAAAUACACCUUCCCAUUAUUCUGUUAGCCCGCAUUUUUGUCAUCGGCCACAUUUCGGCACGACACUAAGUUUUUUGAUUUUUUCUAAAAUUAUAUUGAUGCUUUGGCGGGCCCUCAAAAAGAGGAUAGCAUGCGGCCCGCGGGCCAAAGUUGCCGACCCCUGCAUAUUGUAUCGUAUUGUAUUAUUAUUAUUGUAUUAUAUUGUAUUAUUGUAUUUUAUUGUAUUGUAUUAUAUUAUUGUAUUUUAUUGUUUUUAUUUUUGUAUUAUAAAUAGCUUAAAUAAAAAUAAAAAACUUAAAA